GCGUACUCGUCCCUUGCCCCGGUCGUGCCGUAAAACAAAACACCACACAUGACACCACUUCUUCCAUAUUCCGCAACCGAAACCAACACAACCCAAUAACGUUUAAAUCUCAUACACACAUAUCAAACCUUCUCUUCUACACUCUCUCUACCUUCUUUCCUCAAAUAAGAGGGUUGCUCUCUCUGGGUGUGUACCGAACUCCUUCUUGUUCUUCACGCGCUCUCUCUCUCUCUCUGCAAAACCUAGAAAGAUCCGAGUUGCCAUUUCCACCGCUGCAAUCCCAACCUUCCGAUUAAGUAUUGACCUGAUCAAGGGGACGAGUAACACCAAGCCUGCAUUGUCCAAAUGAAUGACACUUGACCUGGAAACUGUCAUCCACUUUUCGUAUUCUUGUUCAGUUGGAUUCCUUCCGAUCGUUAAAACAACUGCAUUAGAGAUGGAGGGAAAAACCGAGGAUGAGGUGGUAGAUAUUGAGAGUGGUUCUAGUGAUUCUUUCAAUGAUGAUUCUGAUGAUGAGGGAUCUUUGCCUCCUGAAGUUGAUGAUGAUAGAGUAAAUCUUGAGGAACCUUUGACUGAGGAGGAGAUACAAGACCUUAUUUCUGAGUUGUUAGAAGUAGAGAGCAAGGCUGCAGAGGCCCAAGAAGCUCUUGAAGAGGAGUCUCUUGCCAAAGUGGAGAGUGAUGUUAGACAAGAAUUGCAGCAAACUCUGACAGAGGAUGAUUUGGAAACUGCUGUUGCUGAUGAGAUGGCUACUUUUAAAGAAGAGUGGGAAACUGUGCUGGACGACCUUGAAACUGAAAGUGUCAACUUGCUGGAACAACUCGAUGGUGCUGGAAUUGAGCUCCCAAGCCUUUAUAAGUGGAUUGAAAAGGAAGCUCCCAAUGGUUGCCGCACUGAAGCAUGGAAAAAGAGGAAUCAUUGGGUAGGGUUGCAGGCAACUACGGAAAUUGCUGAAUCAGUUGCUGUUGCUGAGAAGUAUCUACAAGUAAACAGACCUGUUAGAAGGCGACAUGGUAAACUACUUGAAGAGGGAGCUAGUGGAUUUCUCCAAAAAAAAUUUGGUGAUGAAACCAAGGAUCCUGUAAAGAAAGGAAUGGAGGGAGAUUGGGAUUUGUUCAAUAAAAUAGUGUCUGAUGGGAGUGGCACUGAUGUUUCAUUUGGCAGUAAGCACUGGGCUUCUGUUUAUUUGGCCAGCACCCCACAGCAAGCAGCACUGAUGGGACUCAAAUUUCCUGGAGUUAAUGAGGUAGAGGAGAUUGACGAUGUUGAUGGCAAUUCUGCUGAUCCAUUUGUUGCAGCUGCCAUAGCAAAUGAAAGAGAACUAGAUCUUUCUGAGGAGCAAAAGAAACAAUUUAAGAAGGUCAAAGAAGAGGAUGAUGCUAUUGUUGAUAGGAAGCUUCAAAUCCAUUUGAAACAAAGGAGGCGUCGGAAGAAAAGUAAACAGAGCGAUAAACUUGAAGAUUUUGAUGCUGGUUACGAUCUUGAAAAGGAAAAUGCUAUGAGUACUGGUGACUUGGCUGAUCCACCCAAAUCUUUGUUGGAUGAUAUUAUUGAACAGCGGGGAACUAAGCGUUUGAAUGAUGGUGAGCUUGACACUGAUAAUAAAAAGCCUCGUACUAUUAGUGAUGACAGUGACGAUGACACAGAUGCCAUUGAAGACAAGGUAGAUAGGAAUAUGAGUACUCUAGAGAAGGUAAAAGGCUUAUUAAACAGUGGUGCUGAUACUCUUCCUUCAGUGUGUCCAAAUGAGAAAUUUCACUGCACAAUUUGUGAUCAAGUGGCUCUUGAAGUUCACUCACACCCUCUGUUGAAGGUGAUUAUUUGUGGGGAUUGCAAUUGCUUAAUGGAGGAAAAGAUACGCCGAAAGGACCUGAGUUUUGAUUCUCCCUCAAGUCAUUGUGCAUGGUGUGGAGGAAGCAGUGGAUUAAUUAAUUGUAAAUCAUGCACAAUGUUAUUCUGCACCAACUGCAUAAAGAAGAAUCUUGGUGCAGAAUCUCUUACUAAAGCUCAGGCCACUGGCUGGGAUUGUUGUUUUUGCCAGCCAAAUAGUCUGCAAAGACUGACACUGCUAUUGGAGCAAGCUAUGGGAUCUACUGCUAAACUAGUUUCCAGCUCUAGCAGUGAUUCAGAAAAUUCAGAUGAUUCAGAUGAUUCGGAUGAGUCUGAUGCAGAGAUUAAUGCUACAAUCAGCUCUAAGAGAAGGCGCAAAAAGAAGAUUCGAAGGAUACUUGAUGAUACGGAAUUAGGUGAAGAAACAAAAAAGAAAAUAGCAAUUGAAAAGGAACGUCAGGAACGCUUGAAGUCUUUGCGAGGCCAGUUCUCUGCUUCACCAAAUGAAAUGAGCUCAUCAAAUUUAUCCGAAGGGGCUAGUGUUGAAGUUCUUGGCGAUGCGGCAUCAGGUUACAUAGUGAAUGUUGUGAGGGAGAAAGGUGAAGAAGCUGUCAGAAUUCCUCCGAGCAUCUCAGCUAAACUCAAAGCCCAUCAGAUUGCAGGAAUAAGAUUUAUGUGGGAAAAUAUAGUAGAGUCAAUAAGAAAAGUGAAGUCUGGGGAUAAAGGUCUUGGCUGUAUUCUAGCUCAUACCAUGGGCCUUGGUAAAACUUUUCAGGUGAUUGCUUUCUUGUACACUGCAAUGAGGUGUGUUGAUUUGGGGUUAAGGACCGCACUUAUAGUCACACCUGUCAAUGUCCUGCAUAAUUGGCGUCAGGAGUUUAUCAAGUGGAAGCCCUCAGAGUUAAAGCAACUCAGAGUCUUCAUGCUGGAAGAUGUACCAAGAGAUAGGAGGGUUGAGCUGCUUGCAAAGUGGAGAACCAAAGGUGGUGUCUUUUUGAUUGGUUAUACUGCUUUCCGUAAUUUAUCUUUUGGAAAGCAUGUGAAAGACCGGAAUGUGGCCAGAGAGAUUUGCCAUGCUUUGCAGGAUGGACCGGACAUUCUUGUUUGUGAUGAAGCCCAUAUGAUUAAAAAUACAAGGGCUGACGUAACUCAUGCCUUGAAACAAGUAAAAUGCCAAAGAAGAAUUGCCCUGACUGGAUCGCCCCUUCAAAACAAUCUCAUGGAAUACUAUUGUAUGGUUGAUUUUGUAAGAGAAGGUUUUCUUGGAAGCAGCCAUGAAUUUAGAAACCGCUUCCAGAAUCCUAUAGAGAAUGGUCAACACACUAAUUCGACACUCACAGAUGUGAAAAUUAUGAACCAAAGAUCACAUAUUCUCUAUGAACAGUUAAAAGGCUUUGUCCAAAGAAUGGACAUGACUGUGGUGAAAAAGGAUCUACCCCCCAAAACUGUCUUUGUGGUAACUGUCAAGCUUUCUUUGUUACAAAGAAAACUGUACAAGAGAUUCCUUGAUGUGCAUGGGUUCAGUAAAGACAGGGCUCAUGAAAAGUUUGGAAAAAGAUGUUUUUUUGCUGGUUACCAGGCGUUAGCCCGGAUAUGGAACCACCCUGGGAUCUUGCAAUUAACAAAAGAAGACAAGGACUAUGUAAGACAGGAAGAAGCUGUUGAGAAUUUUAUCGUGGAUGACUGCAGCAGUGAUGAUAAUUCCGAUAUUAAUGCUGUUGGAGAGAAGAUGAGGUAUGCAAAUGAUUUGCCGCAAAAGAAAGAUGGUACUGGCUUUUUUGUAAAGGGUUGGUGGCAUGAUCUACUUCCCGGAAAGAUUUAUAGAGAGCCUGAUCAUGGUGGCAAAAUGGUUUUGCUACUAGAGAUAUUAACCAUGAGUUCUAGUGUGGGCGAUAAGGUAUUAGUUUUUAGUCAGAGCAUACCAACGCUAGACCUCAUAGAACUUUAUCUCUCAAAGAUACCUCGACAUGGCAAACCUGGGAAGCGUUGGAAGAAGGGGAAAGAUUGGUAUCGGCUGGAUGGAAGGACAGAGAGCUCUGAAAGGCAGAGGAUUGUUGAAAGAUUUAAUGAGCCCUCAAAUAAGAGGGUAAAAUGCACUCUGAUUUCAACCAGAGCAGGCUCUUUGGGUAUUAACCUUCAUUCUGCUAACCGUGUUGUUAUAAUUGAUGGUUCUUGGAAUCCAACAUACGAUCUGCAGGCCAUCUAUCGAGCUUGGAGGUAUGGGCAGACAAAACCUGUAUUUGCAUACCGAUUGCUGGCUCAUGGCACCAUGGAAGAGAAAAUAUAUAAGCGCCAGGUAACAAAGGAGGGGCUUGCCGCUAGAGUGGUUGAUAGGCAACAGGUGCAUAGGACCAUAUCUAAAGAAGAGAUGUUACAUCUGUUUGAGUUUGGUGAUGAUGAGAACCCUGAGACUUUGGCUGAACUUAAUCAAGAAAAUGGCAGCAGUAGUAAUACAGUUAAACAUACAACACCACAUUCAAAUGGAAGUAGCAACUCUGAUAAGCUAAUGGAAAGCUUACUUAAAAAUCAUCAACCCCGGUGGAUUGCCAAUUAUCAUGAACAUGAAACCCUGUUACAAGAAAAUGAAGAGGAGAAGCUAUCAAAAGAGGAGAAAGACAUGGCUUGGGAGGUGUACAAAAAAUCACUUGAAUGGGAAGAAGUGGGGAGGGUACCAAUUAGUGACCCCAUGCCUGAUCAAAAGGCAGAGAUGGCUGCAAGUUCAAAACUACAACAGGUGAAAGACCCUCUUAGCAUGGUGUCAAGUAGUAGGAUAAGGAAUCGUUUUAACAUGAGAAAGUGCACAAACCUUGCACACAUGCUCACACUCAGAAGUCAGAGAAUAAAACAAGGUGGCUGUACAGUUUGUGGGGAAUGUGCUCAGGAGAUCAGGUGGGAUGACUUGAAGAUUACUAAAUAGAUAGGAAAACGGGCAAUGGUGAAAGGUUAUAUAGUUUUAUCUGUUAAUAUAUAUAUAUAUUAAUCUAAUCUUUUUUUUUUUCUUCUUUUUUUUUUCUGGGGUUGUUGUAAAGGGAUUAUUGCCCCCAUAUUGAAAGGGGAUUAUGAAUACUUAAAGUGAGCAUGUUGAUACAGAGAAAGUAAAAGAUUAAUUAUUCUUGGAUCAAUAGUUGCACUUACAAUGGAAGUUAAGGAUAAUUUGACUUGUUACUUUCUCACUCUAUCAUCAUGCUCAUUUUCGGAAAUUCAUGUUAUUUAUUUUCCUUUUUUGUUUAGAUAAAAUAGAAAUGCGACAAGGUGAGGAUGAGACAAUCCUAAGUGUCAAUAUGUAACCAAAUCUACAAUCUAUUCUUUUGGUUAUAAAUGCAAUGUGCAACAUGUUCUUGAUUAA